UUCACUUGCUCGACCGUGGUCGAAUCGGACGCUUCGAAACCCGAACAGAUCAAGUUCUGUGUUCAGAGUAUAGUACAGUGCAAAGGGGGGCGAACUUUAAAUCCCAGCACGGGCCACGCAUUCAUUCAUCGUUCGACCAGUGACGGAACGUGUCGUGAGUUCGAAUCCCGAAGCGCGCGCUUAACAAAUUUUGUCGUCGUCCUUUCACAAUACAGUGAGAAUGUGUGCGAGCUGAAACAAAAGGAAAGGCAGAACCGACGACGACGUGUGGGCAGCUCUCCUUUUAUGAAUGGGGAGGCAUUGUGUGUGCGGUGAAUUGAAUUGAUAACGGUAAAGGCUACCGAGUGAGGCCGUUAUUCGGCAAAAAGGAUUAGUGGCGACAAUUGGUGCAGUUCUGAACACCGGGGAUUAGUGAGUGGAAGUUGGCAGUAGUGACGCAUCGGCGCGCUAACGAGCUUAAGUGGAUUAGUUGUGUGACCAAGUGGUGGAUGCGAUUCCACGUGACGUGGAGUUUGUAGUGUGCUAACCGGUUCGGUGGAUGAUCCUGGCGGCUGGUUCCGCCCCCACAAUGACCAUGUCGCAAAUCCUGAAGCAGACCAAGAAAUGUUGCUCGAAGAUCAUCAGAAAGCUGUCGUUCCACCCGAACGGAGUCAACGGGCCGUCCUCAUCGUCGUCGUGUGGUGUGGGUUCCAAUAACGGCGGUACGGGAACGCACGGUCGGUCGAUCUCGCUGAACAACCGCGCCACCACAAAGUACGUCCUGCACAAGAACUGCACGCCGACGCGGUGCAAGGUUCAGCCGACCAGUCCGGAGCGGUUCGGAGCGGGUCCGAGCUGGAUGAGCGAGGACGAUUCGCCGGUGCGGCGCAGGCUGGACCUGUCGCCGUCGGCCAACGAGCAGCCGGACAUCCCGGCCACCCAGAACAACUACCGGGUCAGCCGGGACGGCAAGAACCUGCCCAAGAAGCGCACCAACAUCACCAGCAACAAGAACGUCAACCUGCGAAAGUGCUUCCGGAUGCGGAAGGGCUUCAAGGAGGAACUCGGCGAAGAAGAGCUGAACAACAGCGCCAGCGUGGCUUCGUCGAAGCUGGACAAGAUCAGCAAAACGCUGUACCACGGAGCUGGAGGGAGUGGCGCGGUGGAUCACCGAGACGGUGAAGUGAUCUACACCCACGAGGGCAAGCUGAUCAACCUGGCCAACAACCUGGCGUCACAGGCCAACGAAAAGAGCAAGAUCUCCAAACCUCUCUUCCUGAGCGGGAAGCACAAAAACUACAACCAAAUCGAGACCGAGUUCGGCGCCGAGCUGGACUACGACGACGGCGACGAUGACGAGCUGGUGGCCUGCGAAGUGGACGCGAUCCGAACCGCCGCCGACGGCAGCCGCCUCCAGUUCGAGCUGAGUCAACCCCUGCCGGAGGCGCACGUGUCUCCGCUGCCCGGUCGAAGCCACUACGAGGACAUCGUGUUCGAGAAGGUCAAGUUCGACCACAGCAAGCGAUACCUGCGAACCGGCUCUCCGUCCACCGCAAGCAACCGGUCCCACCCGGGCGUCGUCCAGUCCGCCGACAGUCUCCUCUCGAUCAACCAGCUGGCGAACAAGAGCGACGACAUUGUCGACCCCUGGCGGAACUACAACGUCUCCAACGCCAACACCCGGUGGAACAAGGUCGCCAAGAACCCGUGGGAAAUCGAGGCGCAGAAGGUCGACUCGCCGACGCCGACCUCCCCCCUGCGGCCCUCGUGGAACCCCUUCAGCGAGGAGGAACCCGAAACAACUCCGCCGCCCAAAGUGUACCCGCCCCCCUACCAGGUCCGCACCGACAUCUGGCAGAACCUGAACAACAAAAACUACGAGAUCGACUCGGACGUGGUGUGGCGGACGUCGAGCUCCAACUCGCGACGUACCUCGGCCAGCACCGUCGAGACGUGGAUCGAGGACGAGGUCUUUGACAACUCGUUCAACGAGGAGCUGGAGCGUCGCUGUGCCACCCUCCAGAUCUAAGCAGGCGCACAGCUGUGUGUGCGCCGGAGAGAGAGCAAUACUUGUGUCUUUUCCUUCGCGCGAAAAGACGAUCAAAGUAGGCGCGUCCAAACGUAAAACAUAGUUUGUAACUUUGCAUUAAUAUAUAUGAAAUUUGAGCAUGUGAUAUUAAUUAUUUAUGAUACUUAUAAAUUAACGGAAUAAAGACGAAGGCGAACAAAUCUAAGUCUAGUUUAGUUUGUAACGAUAAUAUGAAUUGUGUUUUUGCUGUUUUUGUGAUUUUAUUUUCUGUUGAUUCAAACUAAUGAUCUCAUUUAGAUUUGUGACACUAAUUAUAGUAUUAAUAUCCAACUCAGAGGUUCACGACUAACGCUUAAGCUGCGGAUCAAUCGAAACAGUUUCUUCUCUACCUGUACGUACCUUAACAUAUACAUCAUUCAUAAAAAAACUGGAUUAAAACCGAGCGCAGCAGCGCGCAAAGCAAAAUUAAAUAAUAGUGAGAUAAUAAGCGCGAGUGAGCUUCUUUUCUAUUCCCUUAAUUUAAUUCCCUCCUCAAUUUCGCUAAUAUGCCGACGAAGAGCGCGUGAGAAUUGAAAAAUAAACCAGUGAGAACACUAUCAUCCUUUAUACUGAAAUUGUACUCGUAGAACCGUUGAGAUAUCUAUUGCUUGCAGCAGCACAGUCAGAGACUAUAUAUCGUAAAAGUAAAAGCAAAAAACUAAAAAUAAUAAAUCGAGAAUGAGAAUCGAAAGCAUA